AUGGCCAACAUUACAGGGCCCUCAUCACAAUUACCAAUUGGUGUCCUAACAUCUCUCCUAGCUUUCAACAUUAUCCUCUCCUUUACCGCAUCUCUAGGUAAUGUUCUGAUCCUGCUGACACUCUAUAAAGUUUCCUCUCUGCAUCCUGUGACAAAGCUCCUGUUUGCAUGUCUGGCAACUACCGACCUUUGUGUGGGUCUUUUUUCGCAGCCACUGUUCGUAGCUGAUAUAAUACUUAACAUUGAUCUCGGCAACACCGACUUGGAUAUUUUGUACUACGUGGACGAAGUUGUUUAUAUCUCCAGUUAUGUGUUGUGUGGAGUGUCCGUGUUGAUAUCGACAGCCAUCAGUGUUGACAGACUUCUUGUCCUGUUGUUGAGGCUAAAAUACAGACAGGUUGUGACAUUGAGGCGAGCUCAAGUUGUUAUACUUUUAUGCUGGGUAAUUGCUGUUUCAUGUGGAUUGGUUCGUGUGUGGAGUCAAACAGUUUCAGAGAUUGUUGUUUUUGUGGCCGGUUUGGUAUCUUUAGUUACUUCUGUGCUUUGCUACGUAAAGAUCCACCUAAGACUACAGGGAAAUCAGGCUACAGUAGAGGACAGCUCUGUGGGUGGACAGUCAAACGCAGGAGAAAAAGUGGGUGAAGGAGAGGAAGGGGUAGAAAGAGCUGCAGAGGACGGAGUAGGAGAAACAACAGGAGCAGGUAGAGAUACAGAAGAAGAAACAGGCGCAGGAGUAGAAGGCACAGGAAGAGCGACAGAUGAAAGAAGUGUAAGAGCAGAGACAGCAAAAGUAUCACAAAAGCGAAGAAUUCAAGAAAGAGUUCGAUUGAAUAUCACACAAUAUAAGAAAGUAGUUUCCAGUAUAUUCUGGUUGCAGUUGACUUUAGUGGCAUGCUAUGCCCCUUUCAUAAUCGUGUCACUAUUGAGACAUACAGUGCUCAGUGGAACAACAAUUCAUGGUGUUUGGCUGUUUACAGCAACUUUAGUUUACUCAAAUUCAUCUCUGAAUCCCUUUCUUUACUGCUGGAAGAUCAGAGAAGUUAGGAUAGCAGUAAAGAAUACAGCCAAGACGUUUUGCUGUCGUUUGUAGUUCACAAAGGUUGCCUGUAUUCAUGCGAAAAGACUUCCGUGUCCUUAAAACACCAGAAUCUCACACAAACCGUACCGUUGAUACUUAAAUAACAGUUCAGUAGAACCUAGUUAAACAGCCUAUGCUGCCUCGAGUCUUCUAUAUCUCAGUGGUAGAGCACCCGAAGUUUACUAAUCGGUAGAUCGUAGGUUCAUCAUCUCUCACUUAACUAACAGACUUCAAAGAUAACCAUCGUCUACAAUUCAAUAUCAUAGCAGACUGGGGAAUAAUCGAAUACUGACAAGCUAUAAUUUCCCUCGCAGAGUCGAAAACUUAAUUACCAUGUAAAUAGGAGUUAUGUAGAAUUUUUAUCCUUUACCAGGAGGAAGAAGAACUAACAUCCAUUAGUAUUUAUCGUUUAAAAUAACAUACUUAAAGUAAUUGAUUAAGAUUUUUUCCGCUUUCUACUUGGAACCAGUAAUCUAAUAUGUAUUUAACGAUUGCAAGUAAAUAAAAAAAAAACAUUUCCGUUAGGUUAGAUCAUGAUUUAGUUCGAUAUGUCGUGUCUUUGCUUAAGUUACUCUAAAAACGGGAGAAUGGACUGAUUAAAUCGUGUUCAGUGAAGUUAAAAACAAUAUUUUCUUUUGAAACCUUUUGACAGUUACAAUUAGAAACAUCCGAGUACGCGUGCCCCUCAGUCCGUACGCAGGCGGCGUUUUCAAUCGAGGAAGAGUGUUAUGUCAUCGGGUCGAUGCUAUCUUCUCCAUCCAUACAUUUAAAGCAUGCAAUUACUUUUUUUCAGCUGCGUACCUCGAAUAUUUUCAAGAAUUUAUUUCAUUGACCAGUUUAGAAUAUCAUGAUGUUACAGAAAGGACUAGCCCCUUUGUCUUGCGAUAACUCUGUCUUGUCCAUACUAGAUUUCAAGGAGCUACAACUACUGUUAUAUGGCAAACGACAAACCUCUCGGAUAGUAGUUGUUUCAGAAUUCCCUUGGCACGUGCCCCAUCUUCACCAGUGGAUCCAGUUUUAUGCUGCAGGUGCAUAACAGUAGUGACAUAGUGCUUCUCCAAGGUAGUAAUAGCGCGGUAGCUGCUUGCCAGCCACCUCGUCUUCUGCAGACCGCUGUAAUAGACCGCAUCUUCAUCGAUUAUAUUGGAAAUCUCUCUUCGUCGUUUUGGAGAAUAUAAUAAAACUUGUAUCCCUCUUUCACUGUAUCCUCAAAUGUUGGAAGGUAAGGGCACCUCUUCACAGCAUCAAGUACGGCCAGUUCCAGUUUGUGAGCUAUACAGUAAAUGAUGCAUAGUGGGUGACCAACUUUAUCCUCCUCUGGACACAAACUCUUUACAUUUCAUUCUAUUGCGAUAAUUAUUUCCUAUAUUUAGACCAUUCUUCUCUUGUAGAUCACACAAACCCGUGAAAUUUUUGAAUGCGAGAACUUCCUUUGCCACAUAAUGAGCAGUAUUGAACAAUCUUUCCAUUCUUGAUUUGGUUUCUUCAUCCGGUUUUGCAGAUAUUGUCUUCAUCAUUGUUGCAAGGGGUUUGUCUGCAUUUUCUUUGUCGACUUUCCAUUUGUUCAAGCACUUUCCGUGGUCGCUAGAUAUGUUAUGGUACUGGAGACUUUGUACCCGAUAUUUUCCAAAACCACCAGCACCUUCGUAAAGGGGACUUGAUUUAUCACAAAUGUUUGGAUAAGCACGGCAUUCCUAGAUGAAAAUGUCAAUUGUCAACAGCUAUAACAACAAACUGGCUCAGACAAAUCCUCGUAACAUGUUACACUCAAUUGUGAACACAAUUAUAGCUCAGUUUGAAAGGUUAUAUAUGACGCCUGAUGGUAAGUUCCAUAAUUCAUAAACAACUUUGUAUUAAGGGGCUAACCAGAGGUCUCGUAAGGGAGAGGUUAGCGGUAUGCUUGGGUUGUGGCUUUCUGCGAAAGAGAGUUUCUGUCAUUAGCCAUAGUCUACGGUAUUGUACGACAUUGUAUUGUAGUCUACACUUUGUGAUGGUGCCUUUGAUUUUUAAAAAUUGUGCAAGCUUAACCUAAACACAAAGACUGACUGAGAUCAAAAUCUUUUAUUGCACUUCACAUACCUUACAAAACAUCACAUCGUUGAUGGAAUCAUGCUCAGCCCGAUGAUACACUUGUUUUUUUAGUGGGACUGAAAGACGCGCUGCCUCUUUAUUACGUACUUCUCUGUCGUUGUUUUGUCAUUCCUUUCUUUUCCUUCUGGUGAAGCUUUUAACUGCGCCCUCUCGCCUCAGUAUUUCUUAGCAGCUGACAGGGGAGAUAUUUAUAUUAUUAAAGGGAAUAAAAUUUGAUAUCUUUCAUCAGUUUGCUUCUCAUUCAAAAGUAGUGCAUUUAGAUGAUCAUUUUUCUGAAGAAGGUUUGUUUGGGAGUCGGUUUUUUCAAGUCAAGUGUAAAGGUCACGGGAAAGUGCAGAGUCACGGAUCAGUGAACAAAUAAUGAGAACAAAAUUUAUUCAAAUUUGUGGUUCAUCUUGUUACAAGUAACCAAAGGUUUUCGGUUUCAAAAGAACAAAAUGUUCGUUUUAUUUCUGGCAACUUUUCAUCUGAAAGAUUUUCGUGAAAAGUGAAAACAAUGCGAUGUGGUCUUUAUAUUUUAAUCAACAAAUACUUACGAUAUUUACCAUAUUGAAAUAGACUUGACCGAUAUUUGCUGGAACCAUAAUAAAUUUCUCACUGGCGUACAAGAUCAAAACCUUUUGUUUAUGUUCCUUACAAAAUGAUUAUGAAGCAAAAUUUAGACAAAUAGCUUUCUCUGAAUAAGUAAGAAUUAGUCAUAGGCAGCAUUUACAUCCAAAGUUUUUAUGAAUAUGUGUUUUUACUUCAUGCACGGGAUUUCAACAUGUCUCGUCUGACAUGCAUUGCGAUACUUCGUCUUAUUUUUGCAGAUUUCACUUCGUCAGAGCGACUUUCGGUCCGCAUGAACUUAUUAGGAAUUUAAAACAUUUGUCUUAUAGUACCUCUGUACUUUUAAUACCCCGAAAAAUCUUCACUUUCCCUGCGGGCAAGUUAAGCACAGAAUUCACCAGCCCGAUCGCAGAAUCCACUAACCCCAGGGCUAUCGGACACGACUUUCUUUGAACGCUGCAGACUCCUAUUUACAUCGUAAUUAAGUUUUCGACUCUGCGAGGGAAAUUAUAGCUUGUCAGUGUUCAAUUAUUCCCCAGUCUGCUAGGGUUCGUCAACGGUUUUGUAUUUCUGAUAAAAAGCGGGAGAGUUGAGAACAGGCCUGAAAAUCUGCAUAACAAAUCAUAUUAAAUCAAUAUGACACCUGCUCAUUGAACAUUAAUAAAACGCCAAGAACACAGUUAAAAAGCGGAAGAGUUGAAAACAGGUCUGAUUGACGCUGUAACAGUUGUAAACUGAAACAUCAGUCGAUGGGAGGAGCCUUUUUAUCCAAUAGCAACUGCUAAUUUGGCAACACUGCAACAGGACGCUGAAACCGAAAAGUUAUCGUCCGUGAAAGGUUCAUUUACUGAAAAAAGGCGGAAGGAUAGAGCCAGACGUCUGAACGUAAACACCAAUGGCCAACAUUACAGGCACGUCAUCACAAUUACCAAUUGGCGUCCUAACAUCUCUCCUAGCCUUCAACAUUAUCCUCUCCUUCACUGCAUCUCUGGGUAAUGUUCUGAUCCUGUUGACAAUUUAUAAAGUUUCCUCUCUGCAUCCUGUGACAAAGCUCCUGUUUGCAUGCCUGGCCACAACCGACCUUUGCGUGGGUCUCUUUACACAGCCUUUGUUCGUAGCAAACAUAAUACUUAACAUUGAUCUUGCCAACACCGACCUGGAUAUUUUUUACCACUUGAGCGAGGUUAUUUACAUCUCCAGUUAUCUGUUGUGUGGAGUGUCCGUGUUGAUAUCGGCAGCCAUCAGUGUUGACAGACUUCUUGUCUUGUUGUUGAGGCCGAGAUACAGAGAGGUUGUGACACAGAAGCGAGCUCAAGUUGUUAUACUUUUGUGCUGGAUAAUUGCUAUUUCAUGCGGAUUGGUUCGUGUGUGGAGUCCAACGGUUUCAGAGAUUGUUGUUUUUGUGGCUGGUUUGGUAUCUUUAGUUACUUCCGUGAUUUGCUACGCAAAGAUCCACCAGAGACUACAGAGGAAUCAGGCUACAAGAGAGGACAACUCUGGGUGUGGACAGUCAAGCGAAGGAGAAGAAGUGGAUGGAGGAGAGGAAGAGACAGGAUUAACAACGGGGGAAGGAAGAGCCGCAGGAGAAGAAGCAGAAGCAACGACGAGGGCAGGUAGAGACACAGAAGAAGAAGAAGAAGAAGAAGAAGAAGAAGAAGAAGCAGCGACGGGGGAAGGUAGAGACACAGAAGAAGAAGAAGAAGAAGAAGCAAGCAACGAGGGCAGGUAGAGACACAGACGAAGAAGCAGAAGCAACGACUGGGGCAGGUAGAUACACAGAAGAAGAAGCAGAAGCAACGACUGGGGCAGGUAGAGACACAGAAGAAGAAGCAGAAGCAACGACUGGGGCAGGUAGAGACACAGAAGAAGAAGCAGAAGCAACGACUGGGGCAGGUAGAGACUCAGAAGAAGAAGCAGGCGCAGAAGUAGAAGGCACAGGAAGAGCGACAGAUGAAGGAAGUGAAAGAGGAAGGAAAGCAAAAGUAUCACCAAAGCGAAGAAUUCGAGAAAGAGUUCGACUGAAUAUCGUACAAUAUAAGAAAGUAGUUUCCAGUAUAUUCUGGUUGCAGUUGACUUUAGUAGCAUGCUAUGCCCCUUUCAUAAUUGUGUCAUUAUUGAGACAUACAGUGCUUAGUGGAACAACAAUUCAUGGUCUUUGGCUGUUUACGGCAACUUUAGUUUAUUCAAAUUCAUCUCUGAAUCCCUUUCUUUACUGCUGGAAGAUCAGAGAAGUUAGGAUAGCAGUAAAGAAUACAGCCAAGGCGUUUUGCUGUCGUUUGUAGUUCAAGGUUGCCUGUAUUCAUGCGAAAAGACUUCCGUGUUCUUAAAACACCAGAAUCUCACACAAACCGUUGAUAUUUAAACAACAGUUCAAUAGAACCCAGUUAAACAGUCUAAACUGCCUCGAGUCUUCUACAUCUCAGUGAUAGAGCACCCGAAGUACUAAUCGGCAGAUCGUAGGAUCUUGUACUCCAGUAAGAAAUUUAUUAUGGUUUUAACAAAUAUUGGUCACGUUUGUUUCGAUAUGGUAAAUAACGUAAGUGUUUGUUGAUUAAAAUAUAAAGACCACAUCGUAUUGUUUCACUUUUCACGAAAAUCUUUCAGAUGAAAAGUUGCCAGAAAUAGAACGAGCAUUUUUGUUCUUUUGAAACCGAAAACCUUUGGUUACUUGUAACAAGAUGAAUCACAAAUUUGCAUAACUUUUGUUCUCAUUAUUUGUUCACUGAUCCGUGACUCUGCACUUUCCCGUGACCUUGAAACUUAUCUUGAAAAAACCGACUCCCAAACAAACCUUCUUCAGAAAAAUGAUCUUCUAAAUGCACUAAUUUUGAAUGAGAAGCAAACUGAUGAAAGCUAUCAAAUUUUUCCCCUUUAAUAAUAUAAAUAUCUCCCCUGUCAGCUGCUAAGAAAUACUCCGGCGGGAAAUUUUUUUUGGCUGCAAAUCGAAGAAUGAAGCGCUUUCACUGACAGCUUUUCGCGUUGUCGACUUUGUCGUUUAGUGUGUCCAUUGAAAUCUUUGGUUUCACGGUUUCAAAGCCGUGUUUUUUUCUUAAAAAAUGUGUUUCUAAACUCUUAAAUGUCUAAUCACGUGUUUCGGUGGACUUAGGAAAAAAUUCUACAGGGUGGCAGCGCCAAGAGCAACGCAGCAAAACCAGUUGAAGACAUCAGGAGUGAAUAUUGCGUUGAACUCAAAGCGUUACAGAACCUUGAGUAUUUCAAAUGAAAAUAUUUAUCAAACGACAGCCUUGGAAAAAGCCUGCUACCAACAGACUUGCCAAGCAAUCUUGAAGCUGAAGAAUUACAGUCGAAAAAAGCAACAAGUAAUGGGAACUGUCUGUAUAAUUCUGCUUCGAUUAUUCUAAACGGAAAUGAAGAUCUAUCCCUACUACUAAGGCUUCUAACUGCUGUUGAAUUGUAUAAGAAUGCACCAUUCUAUGCAACACACCCAAACUCACCUGAAGCUGCAAGCGACUGUUGUCUUCCAGAGAUUAGCUUGUUUAUCCAGUUUUUGUCUGAUUGAGGGCUUAAAGUAUUUGAAAGGUGAAGCUAUUGCUGGAUGCCGGGACAAAAAAUUGUCCGAAAUGAUUCACAUGAUAGCUCUUUCAACUGUUAUUGGCAGGCUAAUAUUCUCUCUUUAUCCUGAAUGCAACAAAAAUACUCGUCCUCUUUGUCGCAAAGAUAUUUUGCCACGAGAUUAUGGUACAAAGUAACGAGAUAUUAGUGCCAAUACAGCGAUGAUUCUUUGGUCUAAGGAUAACAACCUAGACAACCGCCCCGGAAGCUGAUAUGUACCAAUACUCAUCCAAGGCGAUCUACCACAACAGCCCUCAGUAACUACAGAAUUAGAGAAAGACCAGCGCGAUAGGGUGCAGAAGAGAAAGCGACGAAAAAUAAGUGAUAUUUUUAUAAAACAUUACUCUCUGCAAUCUGAGGAAGAAAGUACUCCAUCUGUUAAGAAGCAGUGUUUGGAAGAGGAUGAAAGCCAUCCACCAAAACAUGGGAGCAAGAGUUAGAAAACAGUUCAUGAAGAGAAGGCGCAGUUAAAAACUUCACCAGAAGGAAAAGAAAGGAAUGACAAAACAUCGACAGAGAAGUAUGAAAUAAAGAGGCAGUGCGUCUUUCAGUCCCACUAAAAAAUCAAGUGUAUCCUCGGGUUGAGCAUGAUUCCAUCAACGAUGUAAUGUUUUGCAAGGUAUGUGAAGUGCAAUAAAAGAUUUUGAUCUCAGUCAGUCUUUGUGUUUAGGUUAAGCUUGCACAAUUUUUAAAAAUCAAAGGUACCAUCACAAAGUGUAGACUACAAUACAAUACUGUAUAAUACCGUAGACUAUGGCUAAUGACAGAAACUCUCUUUCGCAGAAAGCCACAACCCAAGCAUACCGCUAACCUCUCCCUUACGAGAUCUCUGGUUAACCCCUUAAUACAAAGUUGUUUAUGAAUUAUGGAACUUACCAUCAGGUGUCAUAUAUAACCUUUCAAAUUGAGCUAUAAUUGUGUUUACAAUUGAUUGUAACAUGUUACGAGGAUUUGUCUGAGCCAGUUUGUUGUUAUAGCUGUUGACAAUUGACAUUUUCAUUUAGGUAUGCCGUGCUUAUCCAAACAUUUGUAAUAAAUCGAGUCCCCUUUACGAAGGUGCUGGUGGUUUUGGAAAAUAUCGUGUACAAAGUCUCCAGUCCCAUAACGUAUCUAGCGACCACGGAAAGUGCUUGAACAAAUGGAAAGUCCACAAAGAAAAUGCAGACAAACCCCUUGCAACAAUGAUGAAGACAAUAUCUGCAAAGCUGGAUGAAGAAACCAAAUCAAGAAUGAAAAGAUUUUUCUAUACUGCUCAUUAUGUGGCAAAGGCAGGUCUCGCAUUCAAAAAAUUGACGGGUUUGUGUGAUCUACAAGAGAAGAAUGGUCUAGAUAUAGGAAAUAAUUAUCGCCAUGGAAUGAAAUGUAAAGAGUUUGUGUCCAGAGGAGGAUAAAGUUGGUCACCCACUAUGCAUCAUCUACUGUGUAGCUCACAAACUGGAACUGGCUGUACUUGAUGCUGUGAAGAGGUCCCGUUACCUUCCAACAUUUGAGGAUGCAGUGAAAGAGGGAUACAAGUUUUAUUAUUAUUCUCCAAAACGGCGAAGAUAGGUUAAUUAAUUUGAGUUAACUAGUAAAGAUAUAUCUAAAUCGUUGACUAUUUCAGUGGCUGCAAAAGUUCACACAUGGUCCUUGGAAAGGAAGUUUCAAACUGUUUCUUAAUUCUAAAACUGCCACGAUGUUCUUAAUUUGGUUUUCUAAAAAAAGUUCGCGUCAAGUCUUUAUUGUGGGAAACCAGGGAGGACCUGGAAAUAAAAAGUGAGACAGCCAGGCAACCAAAAAAUUAGCCCUACAUGUUCACUUAUUCCAUUUAUGGAGAAAAGUGUGUUUUCCUGUGGUAAGUCAAAUGGAUUUGCCUCAGUUCCACUGGAAAUACCUUAAAAUUACUCGUUUACCGGUUUUUACCAAAAUUGUCAGAAUUGCUUUGUUGUAAAAUUACCAGCCCCUUACUUAAGUGCUCGGCGUUAGCAAGCCUUAUUGUUUUGAUAGAAAUUUUAAACCUGGGAUUGUCAUGAAAGAAUAUGACCUCAUUGCUAAGGGUACAUGCUUCGCACGCUCCAUGUUGUUGAAGUAUAAGUCAUACAAGACUGUUUAUAAUCGAAUCUUUUGCAGUAUUUUUAAAAAUACAAAUGGAAAAGAUUGCACAUGUUUUGACCGAGGUUAAACCUGUAUCUCCCUACAUCUGAUCGUUAAUUCUCUCCUCUAGCUGCUACACAUUUCCUUAUAAAUUGGUUACGAGAAUUUGGUGUUCGGCCACGAUAAAUUCUACCCGAAUAAGUUUGAGUGUUCACAUUACCUGUUUGUUGGAUAAUGUAUGAAUAUUAUAGGGAGAAGUUAUACGUGAAUCACUUCUGGGGGUUUGAGGGUGUAACCUGAAGGACUUUUGGACUUUCCCCCUUCCGUCUUGAAUGAAAACAGAACAGCUUUAGCGGUCCGUUCAGUUACCGGAACCUUCGAGAAACGGGCUCCAGCGGAACCUUUUUUCGAUCUGAUAAUUCGUGCUUUUAAUUACAUGGGGGGGGGGGGGGCUGGGGGGGGGCUGGAAGAUUUGAGCUAUGUCAAGAUAAAAUUUACCUGGUUCCCCCAUAAGGCUCUCUAAUAUUAAUAUUCUCAUCAUGCCAGCCUUGGAUGUUGCAACAAAAUCUGAAAAUUUGAAAAUUUGAAUAUUUGCGAGCGAAACAAUGGCCGGCAUUUUAAGUAGGUUUUCUUUCGCCACCGCAGCUGAAAAACGGCUCAAACAACGAAAACACUGUAAAAAGCACUGCUUUUUGGUUGUCGGUUUGGAAAAAGUGGUGUUUAGUGGUGUGGUGUUUAGCCCUAUGGGCUCGUGCAAUUUACUCGUGCUUAUUUAUUCCAAAUUGCACUCGAAAUCAUGUGAUUACCUAUACUAAUGUGUUUAUGUCGACAACGCACCUGAACGAUGAUAGCUUUUAUAAAUUUUCUAAGCACCCUAAGGCUACACCAGCAGAGUAUUUUAAGUAUCAAUUUGAGUAAUUGUCUUAUCGUUGAGAGAGAAACAUUGAGAAAUUAGUUUUCAAACCUAGAAAGCUCGAGAUUUGAUUACGUUGACAAAAAUGAAGAACGAGCGAGCAUGGGUAUGAAGGGCAGAGAAACACACGGAUCAGAAAUACAAAACCGUUCACGAAGCCCUUCAAAACACAAGCGAAAAUAAGUAAGAAAAUCUGCAUGAUAAAUCAGAUCAAAUAAAUAUGACACCAGCUCAUUGAACAUUAAUAAAACGAGAAGAACAUAGUUAAAAAGCGGAAGAGUUAAAAACAGGUCUGAUUGACGCUGCAAUAUUUGUCAAGUGAAACAUCAGGGUGGAGCAUUUUUAUCCACUAGCAACUGCUGAUUGGGCAACACUGCGGCAGGACGCCUAUACCAAAUAAUUAUCGUCCGUAAAAGGUUCAUUUGCUGAAAAAAAGAAGGAAAGACAGAGCCAGACGUCUGAACGUAAACACCAAUGGCCGACAUUACAGGCAUAUCAUUACAAUUACCAAUUGGUGUCCUAACAUCUCUCCUCGCUUUCAACAUUAUCCUCUCCUUCAUCGCAUCUCUGGGUAAUGUUCUGAUCCUGUUGACACUUUAUAAAGUUUCCUUUCUACAUCCUGUGACAAAGCUCCUGUUUGCAUGUCUGGCAACUACCGACCUUUGUGUGGGUCUUUUUUCACAGCCUUUGUUCGUAGCUAAUAUGAUACUUAACAUUGAUCUUGCCAACACCGACUUGGGUAUUUUGUCCCAAAUGAACGAAGUUGUUUUUAUCUCCAGUAAUGUGUUGUGUGGAGUGUCUGUGUUGAUAUCGACAGCCAUCAGUGUGGACAGACUUCUUGUCCUGUUGUUGAGGCUAAAAUACAGACAGGUUGUGACUCUGAAGCGAGCUCAAGUUGUUGUACUUUUUUGCUGGGUAAUUGCUGUUUCAUGUGGAUUGGUUUACGUCUGGAGUCAAACGAUUUCACAGAUUUUCGUUUUAAUGAUCGGAUUGGUUUCUUUAGUUACUUCCGUGUUUUGCUACGUAAAGAUCUACCUGAGACUACAGGGGAAUCAGGCUGCAGUAGAAGAGAGCUUUGGGGGUGGACAGUCAAACGAAGAUGAAGAAGUGGGUGGAGGAGAGAAAGGGGCAGGAAGAGCCACAGAGGAAGGAGUAGGAGAAACGACAGGGGCAGGUAGAGACACAGAAGAAGAAGCAGGCGCAGAAGUAGAAGGCACAGGAAGAGCGACGGAUGAAAAAAGUUUAAGAGCAGGGACAGCAAAAGUAUCACCAAAGCGAAGAAUUCAAGAAAGAGUUCGACUGAAUAUCGUACAAUAUAAGAAAGUAGUUUCCAGUAUAUUCUGGUUGCAGUUGACUUUAGUAGCAUGCUAUGCCCCUUUCAUAACUGUGUCAUUAUUGAGACAUACAGUGCUUAGUGGAACAACAAUUCAAGGUCUUUGGCUGUUUACGGCAACUUUAGUCUAUUCAAAUUCAUCUCUGAAUCCCUUUCUUUACUGCUGGAAGAUCAGAGAAGUGAGAAUGGCAGUAAAAAACACAGCCAAGGCGUUUUGCUGUUGUUUGUAGUUGAAGGUUGCCUGUCUUCAUGCGAAAAGACUUCCGUGUUCUUAAAACACCAGAAUCUCACAAAAAACCGUUCAUAUUUAAACAAAAGUUUAGUAGAACCUAGUUAAACCGCCUAUGCUGCCUCGAGUCUCCAAUAUCUCAGUGGUAGAGCACUCUAAGUACUAAUCGGUAGACCGUAGGUUCAUAACAAUCGUCUCCAAUUCAAUAUCAUAGCAGACUGGGAAAUAAUCGAUUACUGACAAGCUAUAAUUGCCCUCGCAAAGUCGAAAACUUAAUUACCAUGUAAAUAGGAGCUAUGUAAAAUUUUUAUCCUCUACCAGGAAGAAGAAAUAACAUCCAUUAGUUUUUAUCGUUUAGAAUAACAUACUUAAAGUAAUUGAUCGAGAUUUUUUCCACUUUCUACCUUGAACCAGUAUUCUAAUAUGUAUUCAAAGAUUGCACACACAUAAACAAAACAUUUCCGUCAGGUAAGAUCAUGUUUUUGUUCGAUAUGCCCUGUCCUCGCUUAUGUUACCCCAAAAACAGGAGAAUAGACUGAAUAAAUCGUGUUCAGUGAAGUUAAAAACAACAUUUUCAUUUGACAACCUUUUCACAGAACCAUUCAAAUGCGCGUGCCCCCAGACCGUACGUAAGCGGCGUUUUCAAUCGAGGAUUAGUGUUCAUUUUCCUAACAUAAUCAUUGGGUCGAUGUCAGCUUCUCCAUCCAUACAUGUAAACAGAGAGAACCAAUGCUUUUUCAUGUUUUUUUCUUUUCUCUUACAGCUGACUUAGCCCCAGAAUCAAGAGUAAAAACCUCCACAUAAAUACAAUUAACUUUCACUUUGAAAUGCGUCCUAUUUGAAUAUUAAAUAGGACCACAUUAUACAUCGAGCAAGUUGCGGAAGCCACAAAAAUGGCGGAGAAGUGAUUACCGCAUCUCUCUUUUAUUUUGUUAAUAGUAAAUUCGGGAAGAGAAAACAACGAGCACCAGUUGAACUUCAAGUGCUCUAUGGUGAAAACCCUGGCAUUCAUUUCAGCCUCUUUCAAUGUCCAUGUGUGGAAAACAAAUUGAUUUUUUUUCCAUAACAAGUUCACACCUGCCUCCAAUAACAAAGCGAAAAUGUUAAACGAUGAAUCAUAAAUAAAUCAUACGCACGAGCUCUGAAUUUUGAAAAGAAAGGUCCCCUAUCGGUUUUCUAAAAUACUUCUCAAAAGAACAGAAAGCGUGAGGUCAGAACCGUGUUUGCAUACUCUCGUCUGUACACAUCUGUAGGCCAAGGAGAGAGCGCGUACUAUCUCUAAAGUUAAGAAAUUAUCAUAUUGCUCCCCAGAGUGUCAUUUGCGCGAAUCAUGAAUUCUGCAAAACACGACAGUUUUGUUAGCGGGCCUUAAAAAAAGUGCAAAACAUCGACGGAAUGUUUCACAAUGAGUUGUUUAAUGUCACAUUUCUCUGCUAAAUCUCGCGAAGCACCGACGAAACUAAGAAAAAAAACAAUAAUAUCUAAUUGGAAGAUUAAAUGUUAAAUUUCAUCAUUAUUCUAUGUCGAAGAAGCACAAUAACAGGUACCAAAGACUCUUAAAUGAUAACAAACCCAACUCGAAGAACUGUGCCUGUUAAACACCAUAAAACAGUAGUUGUAGCUCCUUGAAAUCUAGUAUGGACAAGACAGAUUUAUCGCAAGGCAACGGUGCUAGUCCUUUCUGUAACAACAUGAUAUAUUCUACACUGGCCAAUGAAAUAAAUUCUUGAAAAUAAUUGAGGCACGCAGCUGCAAAAAGUAAUUGCUUGCUCUGUAUCACGUCAGUGUACAAUGUUUAUUGUGAAGGAUGGCCACAAUUUUUACCCAAGUCUCCUGCAUGGAAAAAAUGUCAGGUGUCAUAAAAUUUUGUAGCAUUUCAUUCGUCUGUAUUAGUGGGUAGGGGAAAUGAAAACAGAACAGCUUUAGGGGUCCGUUCAGUUACCGGAACCUUCGAGAAACGGGCUCCAGCGGGACCUUUUUUCGAUCUAACGUGCUCUAAUCGAAACCUCAUAGAAAAAGCUUGAAAUAAGAAAAUACUCACCCUCAACCACCAUGGCUCUUCGCAUUUUGUGUGCCGCGCGGGGAGGCUACGGGAACUGUGAGCGAGAGGUAAAAAUCCCAAGCAAAUACUAAGGUGUUCUUGCAAGAUGCAAUUACAAUUGCAAAUACAUUUUAAGUAAUUUUUACAACAGCGUUGUAAUGACACUACAAACAAGGAAAACGCGCUUUUAAUUACAUGGGUUUAGAUCUGUCUUUUGUUUUGAACGACAAUUGCAGUCAAAAGUUCGUUUCCUAUGUCCUUUGAUCAUAUUAAUACUGUAGUCUUAAAAGCGAGAGUUGGAUUAAAGUCCUUGACUUCGCUCUCCAAUUCUUUGGGUCCGUUCGGAAAGCAGCAUCAGGCGGUGAAAGAUUCACCCACUUCUAUCAAAAAUGAACCAAUACUUUCAAAAUUAACUGUUGGCUAAGGAAAAGAAAUUGUUGCAAGGAGGAGGAUUUGAGCUGCGUCAGAUAAAAUUUACCUGAUUCCCCCCAUAAGGCUCUCUUAAUAUUCUCAUCAUCCUCCCCCUUACUCAUCUUUUGGCGACAACUGAUUCUCUCCUCUCUCUCCCCCCCCUCCCCCGUUCCCCCUCGAGCCAUGUGUUCUCUCAAAAGUCCUCCACCCCACCCCCAAGGCGUUAAAAACUGACUAGUCCCUUAAAAAAUAAACGAUACACAUACUUCCGACAGGUAGUGCAAAUAUGAAAAUUUUCGUAUUUUUUUUGUUUUGUUUUGUUUGUUUGUUUGUUUGUUUUUUUCUACUUAACUAUCAGCUUUCCGACUAAAUCUGUUUAUGUUGACAAAACACCUAAACGAUGAUAGCUUUUAUAAAUUUGCUAAGCACCCCAAGGCUACACCAGCAGAGUAUUUUAAGUAUUAAUUUGAGUAAUUGUCUUAUCGUUGAGAAAUUAGUUUUCAAACCUAGAAAACUCGAGAUUUUAUUGCGUUGACAAAAACGAAGAACGAGCUAGCAUGGGUAUGAAGGGCAGAGAAACACACGGAUCAAAAAUACAAAACUAUUGCCGAAGCCCUUCCAGACAUAAGCGAAAAUAAUUAAGAAAAUCCGCAUAAUAAAUCAUUUCAAAUAAAUAUGACACCUGCUCAUUGAACAUUAAUAAAACGCCAAGAAUAUAGUUAAAAAGCGGAAGAGUUGCAAACAGGUCUGAUUGACGCUGCAAUAUUUGUCAACUGAAACGUCAUGAAACCUUUUUAUCCAAUGGCAACUGCUGCUUGGGAAACACUGCGACAGGACGCCUAUACCGAAUAGUUAUCGUCAGUAAAAGGUUCAUUUACUGAAAAAACAAGGAGAGACAAAGCCAGACGUCUGAACGUAAACACCAAUGGCCAACAUUACAGGCCCCUUAUCACAAUUACCAAUUGGGUUCCGAGCAUCUCUCCUAGCUUUCAACAUUAUCCUCUCCUUUACCGCAUCUCUGGGUAAUGUUCUGAUCCUACUGACACUCUAUAAAGUUUCCACUCUGCAUUCUGUGACAAAGCUCCUGUUUGCAUGUCUGGCAACUACCGACCUUUGUGUGGGUCUUUUUUCGCAGCCUCUGUUCGUAGCUGAUAUAAUACUCAACAUUGAUAUUGCCAACACCAACUUGAAUAUCUUGCAGCACGUGGGUGAGUUUGUUUAUAUCUCCAGUUAUGUGUUGUGUGGAGUGUCUGUGUUGACAACGACAGCCAUCAGUGUGGACAGACUUCUUGUCCUGUUGUUGAGGCUAAAAUACAGACAGGUUGUGACUCUGAAGCGAGCUCAAGUUGUUGUACUUUUAUGCUGGGUAAUUGCUGUUUCAUGUGGAUUGGUUCGCGUCUGGAGUCAAACGAUUUCACAGAUUUUCGUUCUAGUGAUCGGAUUGGUUUCUUUAGUUACUUCCGUGUUUUGCUACGUAAAGAUCCACCUGAGACUACAGGGGAAUCAGGCUACAGUAGAAGACAGCUCUGGAGGUGGACAGUCAAACGAAGAUGAAGAAGUGGGUGGAGGAGAGAAAGGGGCAGGAAGAGCCACAGAGGAAGGAGUAGGAGAAACGACAAGGGCAGGUAGAGACACAGAAGAAGAAGCAGGCGCAGGAGUAGAAGGCACGGGAAGAGCGACAGAUGAAGGAAGUGUAAGAGCAGGG